AUGGCUUUGGGAACAAAUUAUGCUGAAGUGAAUUUCAAAAAUGAAUUGAAGUCCUCAGGCACCAACUCAAAUUCUCCUGCAGAUCCCAGGGAAAACACCAUUCCUCACCAGAGUAAUUUUGGUUUUUCCAAGCUUCUUCUUGCCUUGUUGCUGAUACUUUUCCUGCUGAAGGAAAUCUUAUUGUCUGUCUCUUUUAUCACUUUCUUUCUAAAAAAUUCUCAGCUGCUCAAAGAAACAAACUAUGAAAGUUCUACAAAAGAAAUGAUUCAUACAAAUUUGGAGUGUGUAAAAAUCAAUUCAACCAUGAAAGGAAAAGUCUGGAGCUGUUGCCCAAAGAAUUGGAAGUCAUUUACUUCCAGUUGCUACUUUAUUUCUUCUAAACAAAGAUCUUGGAAGGAGAGUCAGGAGAAUUGCUCUACAAUGGAGGCUCAUCUGGUGGUGAUCAACAGCAAGGAAGAGCAGGAUUUUCUCACCUGGAAUUUGAAUAAAUCGCAUGAUUAUUUUGUGGGGCUGUCAGAUCCAAAGGGUCAGAGACAUUGGCAAUGGAUUGAUCAGACACCAUAUAAUGAAAAUACCAUGUUCUGGCAUCCAGGUGAGCCCAACAGGGUCCAAGAGCGUUGUGUUGUGUUAAAUUAUCGUAAACAAUGGGGCUGGAAUGAUAUUUUUUGUGCUCAUGUUCAAAGCUCAAUUUGUGAAAUGAUGAAGAUCUACUUAUGA